AUGAGUCAAUUACCCACCGGUCAGCCACCAACGGCACCAUUUUAUCCCUACACCGGCCUACACGCACCGGACGAAGGUUAUGAUGCGAACUUUCAUAUCUUUCCCCCGGACUACUAUGCGCCGGAGUGUGAUUAUCGGACGGACAUCCUCGACAGCAUGCGAAUGGCUCCAUCACAGCGCUCGCAACGAUUUCACAUUAGCAACAUCUUGGAGCUAAACAGUCAGCAACAUCAACAGCAGCAACAGCAGGAAUCUUCCAGCAAAGAUCAACCGGCCGUUCCCAGCCUCGCUGCGGCUGCCGUGCUACAGCCACACGUACCUCAUCCCACGACCUACCCGUUCACUAUAUCCGAGCUGGAAUCGCAACAAAAUGCUGCCACACAACAAACGUUGGAUGUGUCCAGUGCGGGUAGCUACCCUGGACCGUCCGUGGACGAUCAAUCACCCCUUUCGUAUGGUGCAAUGUCCGCACAGAGCGGCUCCUGUUUGCCAUUGCAACCCGUGCUUAAUCCUUCCACUAUUGGCGCCGGCAUACCGUACGAUCCACCACCGUACUAUCCGUAUUCGCACCAUGCACACCAUCUAUUCGGCGGACCAAGUGCUGCUUUGGGCUCAUCCGGUGUACCGUCAGAACCGACUCGUUCGUCCUAUUCCUACGGGGCAGUUAAUUUGGACUAUGUUCCUUCGGUAAUUCAACACAGCACCGCAAAUGAGACGAGCAGUGCGAAUGCUCAGCAGCUCAGUCCAGAUAGUACCUCGCCCGGUCCGGAACUCUACUCGCUGGCCAGCUACAGCAACAUUCCCCGUGUGGUAAACGAAGCAUCCGACCGGUUGGUCGCACUCGAGUCCGACGGGCCAUCGCUCGAUCCGGAGUGUUCCGUCGACACGAACAACAACCGGCACAGUCCGAACGACACGCCGGAUGGGCUGGACUCGCCGGAUCCACGUGCCACCCGUUCCGGAGGACAUCGUAGCGAGCCGGGCACCGGUGGAAGUGGCCACAAGAAACGGAAGCGUCGCAUUCUUUUCUCCAAAUCACAAACCUUUGAGUUGGAGCGACGGUUCAAGCAGGCCCGCUACUUAUCCGCCCCGGAGCGGGAACAUCUAGCGAGCAUGAUUAACCUGACCCCGACACAGGUUAAGAUAUGGUUCCAGAACCAUCGCUACAAAACGAAGCGUGCACAGACGGAGAAAAGCUCUGGCUAUGGUGCACCGACCGUGCUCGGUGCGAGUCCACCGAAGAAGAUCAAUCCUCCGGUGCUGGUGCGCGAUGGUAAACCGUGUCAGGAUGUGUUGCAGCAUCAGCAUCACCAUCAGCAACAGGCACAGGCACAGCAGCAGCAACAACAGCAGCAAGGACUUGCUCAUGCACAUCAACACGCACCGUCCGCUCACUUCCAUCAUUCAUCGUUUGGAGCAGUUCACGCGCCUGGAUUACAACCGCCGGGAAGUGGAAUGCUCACCGGUGGGCACGGUUCUUCUCCACGCAUGUGGUGA